AUGUCGCUACCAGAAUCGGAUUUCAGGGCCCAGUUUGGCAACUGGGCAAACAGAAAUCCCACUCAACCUCGAACUUCGCUUCCAGCAUUUGCUGAAUGGGGAGACUAUGUCAGAUCGGGAGCAAACAAUCUAUAUGACGCUUUGCCGUCUUAUAACACAAGCACCAGCGCCAGCCAAGAACCUUCUUGGUUUCAGAUGAGCCGAUUCGAGAGAAUCGUCGGAUUUGGAUGCUGCUUGGGAGCAUCUUUACUUUGUUUUGCCUUGGGCUUUUUCAUGUUUCCAGUACUUGCUUUAAAGCCUACCAAAUUUGCGUUCCUUUGGCUGAUGGGAUCUCUUUUGUUUGUUGUUUCCUUUGGGAUCCUUCAAGGCCCACAUGCAUAUGUGAAGCAUUUGAUGGGACGCGAGAGAAUUGUCUUCACGUCUGUCUUCUUCGGUUCUGUUUUGACGACAAUGUAUUGCGCUGCUAUUCUCAAAAGUACAUUGCUAACGAUCUUUGCUAGUGUCAUCGAGAUGUUUGCAAUCCUCUACUACAUUUUUUAG